AUGUUCUCCAUCUUGCAAGCCAGCACAGUUUUAUGGUUGAUUUCUCAGCUUUCACGCUGCAGCUCAGCCUAUGAGCUCCAGGAUACCAUCCACACUCUGAAAGAAGAGAACCUCCACCUGCAGCACCGACUGGAGAACCUCACCCGGGCUCUCAGGGACUUGAAACAUCUGCUGACAGGUUUGGAGGAUGUUUUCUUCAGUCCACAGGACCAGACAGUCAGAGAAGGAGAGGGAGUUUUCUUCCAGUGUGUGUCAGGGGAAAGUUCACCUCCUGCGAGCAUCACCUGGCUCAAAGAUGGAACACUGGUCACAAGAGGUAGACACAUUCAGGGUGAGUAUGGAGGUGGUAACCAGAAGAAGACCUCAGGUACUCUGCAUCUUUUCCACGUAACAUUAGAGGACGACGGGAUGUACGUAUGUGUCACACACAGUCCUUCACUGAACAUCAGCAAGAAAAGCAGCCCAGCCAAACUCACUGUGCAGAGUGUCCCUAGAAGGCUGCAGAUCAUCCAGGGCCCUGACAACAUCACUGUUGCUAUGGGAAUAGAGGUCUCCAUGCACUGUGCCGUCCGUGGCUUCCCUGUUCCCAUGGUGCACUGGUUCAAAGACGGCUACCUCCUGUCGAACCGCUCGUCCUCGUUCGGCCUCCAGAACAAUGGACAGCUGCUCACAUUCAGGAACGUGACUAGGGAGAAUGAGGGCUCGUAUCACUGUGAAGCAUCCAACCAGAGAGAGUCCAUCAAGUCCCAGCCAGCCUCCCUACUUCCAGCCGAAAUGGACUGGAGUUUCAUCCAGCAGCCCAUCAACCUGACGGUGAAGAGCGGAGAAAAUGUUACAGUCACCUGCAGGCCUCCAUACAGCCGACCAGCAGCUCAGGUGUCCUGGUUCAAAAACAACCGACUUCUCGCCCCCACAGCUCACGGGACGGUGCUGCCCAGUGGAGACCUCUUCUUCCACAGUGUACAGGAGUACGACAAUGGGAGCUACUUCUGCAGGGCCUCCAACAUCCACCUUCAAAGAUUUAUCACUUCCAGAAGAGCAACUCUGACUGUGCUGGCCCCUCCAUCAGUGAAAAUGUGGCCCCAGGUUGUGACGGUGUCUGUGGGUGCUCGGGUGGUGCUGGAGUGUCAGGUGUCCGGUAACCCUUCACCCUCCAUUAGCUGGAUGAAGAGAGGCCACUCCAAGCAGACUGGAGGCAAGAUCGUUUUGGGAUUGAGAAAUGCCACUCUCUACAUCCAGUCAGCCCGGAGCUAUGAUGAGGGAGUGUAUGUGUGCGAGGCCUCCAACGCUCUGGGCCACAGCCGCAACACAGCAAUGCUGAGAGUUGCUGUGAGUCCCAUCAUAGUGACCUUCGUAGGUCAGGUGAGCUGCAGGAUCGGGGCUUCAGCGGUCUUGCCCUGCAGGGCUGUAGGUAUUCUGCCCAUCACCUAUACCUGGACCAGGGGCAGAGAAGAGAGACAGUCCCCCAUCAGCCUCAACGAAGACAGACACAUUGAUGAAAAUGGAAGUCUUCACAUUUCCAGUGUGCAGUAUUCUGAUGUAGGGGAAUAUUACUGUACUGCUGAGAAUCGAGCAGGACGACAUCAGAGACGCAGCAUGCUCGCUGUUACAGCUGAACAUCGUCCAGCUGAUAGAGGCAAGCAGACAAGACUGGUUUUGUCUGCUAGCACCAUCACGAGCAAAGACUUGCCUGCUUCCCAAUCCAGAGACUCUUUGGCUGAGCCACACCUUGGGACAACACACCAUCCACAUGUACAGACACAGCAUGAGGAGGCCACGUGUUCCUUAUCACACUGUGAUGCUACAACAAACAGAGCCACCACACUGUCUAUAUUUUCAAGAGGAGCAGUGGCUGAGCUCAAGAUGCCUACGCUACGAUCACUCGGCCAUCUUUUAAAGCACCGCCUGAAUCAGCCAACGACCAAUCCAACCCAGCCGUUAGUCACACAGAUGCAGCCUCCAAUGUUGCCACCUCCUCCACAUCCAAACUUCCAGUCAGUAGAUCUCCACUCCCAACCGCCAUUGACUAGUGAUCCUCUUUUGAUUUCAAAUAGUGAGCCACCAGUAACACACAGUCAGACAUCAGUAGUCACUAGGGGAGUUUUGAGUACAACCCUUCAGGAUAUACUCACUGAAAGUCAAUCCCAUUUGGCAUUAACAUCAUCACGUACACAAUUUCAGCAUAAAGUCAGUGACGGAUUGUUGGUAGAGCCUGAUUCUCAGGGCUCUAAUAUCCGUGCUGUGUCUCUAGCCAGUCGACUCAUAGAGCCCUUCACUGAGACGUCAAGCGCUCCAAUGGAUAGACCCUUUGGCUUUCUUAAGUUAGAUUUGUAUUCGCCGACUCCAACACAGAGUCUAGCAACCCAAACUAAGACGAGCCAGUCUAGUUCAAUCACCCAGUUGUCUGCUUUUCAAGCUGAACUGCACCAAACUCAAACUCACCAGCUGGUUACAAAAAGUACAAUUUACCAAUCCGUCCGUGAGCCAACCUCAACCCAGAUUUCUCAGACCAAAUUCGAUCACCAAGGUCAACGUCUACACCUGGACACACACCUGCAGCCUUCACCAACUCUCUCACAAAUAUCUCAAUCUGAUCCUAAACAGACAUUCACUCAAAGUCUUCUUCCGAAGUUCCAUCUUGAGCUAUCGACAAACCCACAUCAUCUGCCUUCCACACAACUUCCACCGUCUUUAGUUAUAAAGCCUCAACAAUCCCAAAUUUACAGUGAACCUUCGCCCGCCCUACCUAAACCAGCUAAAACCAUGUCUACACUUCCUCGAUCAUCUCCAACACAACAUCCACUGCUCCACUCACAAGCUUAUCCACCUCAGACAGAAACCUUUCCACCCCAGAACAGAAACCCUCUUAAAAUCCAGCCUUCAAUCUCAACCGCCCAUCAGACCUCCGAUCCUUCAAAGCUGGGCCCUGACAUUCCUGUUGUCCAUCAGGUCAAUAUGUCUGAUAAGGUACAGCUAAAUACUAGCCAGAAAGGUGACCCAGGUCAGGAAGCUAAAUCAGCCAAUGACACGGAGCUUACAGAGUGGCUGAAGAGGAACACCUCCCAAUCACCUAUGACCAGCAAUGAUCAAAGAGUAACGCAGCAGUCUCCGUCAUGGUUGCCCAUGCUGGAGAAACAUGACAUUCCCAUUGUGGUGGGAGUGGGUGUAUCUCUGGCCUUCAUCUUCAUCACUGUUACCUUCUAUUCAGUGGUCCAGAAGAACGAAUCUGCACCAACAAGCCGAGCAGCUCCGAGGAACGUAGACAUUCCCAUACGACAAACUGAAUGUCGAGCUGCAGGACGUACGUAUGAAAACAGAGCUUUUGAAGACGAUGAUUGCAUGGCAGUGAUUGAGCAGAGCCCCAACACAUCAGACACCAAAGCCCGACCUCCAGGGCCGAGCCUGGUCACGGUGCAGAUGGAGCCUACAUUUGAGGAUCUUCAGGAGGACACACAGCUGGCUCUGGACAAUCAUUUAGUCACCGUAGAGACUUAUCCUGAGCCCAUUCUUGACACAAAGAUUGAUCCCGCUCUGGAGGAUGAGAAGGGCUGCAGUUUGUCGCAGCCCAGCAUCCAGCUGCAGUGUGCUGAGGACUGGACCAGUAACAGAGAAGACAACCGCUGCAGCCCAUGCCAGGACGCGUUGCCUCCCCCGUCAUCCUUACCCUCUCGAUCGCCUUCCCCCUCUCCACCAUCCAGACGUGAGGAGGGUCUGCGCUCCUCUUUAACCCUGCAAAGUGCAGAGGCAUUUGUAGCACCCAUCCACCACAGCCUCAGCAUCUCGCAUGGCAACCCUCCCAUGCUCCUUUCUCACCACGUCUCCUUGGGCCUCACUACCGUGGCGGUAGAUGUUCAUUUUUACCCAGCAGCCACUGCUUCAACGGCAGUAGGCACGAGCACCCAUAUCAGUUCAGUCUCUAAUUCCACUUCAGUGGCUGCACCUCUGUUCAGUCCUCCGGUAGUUAACCGUCAGGAGAAUGACCAAUCCACUGCCAGAUUUCAUCAGAGUAAGUAG